AUGGAAGUAUCUCUCUUUAGAGGAUUCUGUUUAACCUUACUUUUAUCUUUGCCAUUCUGUUUUGGCAAGGAUGACAGUGUCUUUCUCGUCGGAUCAGGUGAAAAUGCGCCUAACGCCCUGGAUGCAGUAAUUACAUGGAGUGAUUCUCCUUCAGGAUUUGGAAAUGCUGACAAGAAAUGGAAUUCCAGAAUCAAUUUUCUUGAUGAAGCUGAUGACAUCCUGAGAAAUGAGGGCAGAAUACAGAAAUCAUUAUCAGAUGGACAAAUGAAAACUCUGUCAGCAUCAGAAACAACAUUUGGAGUAUCAAGGAAACUGCUUACCUUUUCAUUACCAUUCCUCCCACCAUAUUACCAUUUGGGUCCAAUAACACAAGUUCCAUCCACAACUCAACCUCCUCCGGUUUACUCAUCGCCACCACCACCUACUGAUCCUGUUUAUUCAUCACCACCACCAUCUACACCUCCGGUUUAUUCAUUGCCACCACCACCUACACCUCCGGUUUAUUCAUCGCCGCCACCACCUACACCUCCGGUGUAUUCAUUGCCACCACCAUCUACUCCUCCUUCUACAACAAUCCCACCACCUUCAAGUUAUAACCAUCCUGUUCUUCCUCCUCCACCGGUUAAUGAUGUACCGGAUCCAGCUGUACCAACACCUGCAAACAGACUUCCACCUCCUACUUUGCCACCAAAAUGUGACACUUCAAGUCCACCACCAUCAGUGCCUAAUGUCAAAACUCCUGUUCCAUCACCUCCAACGCCUUAUAUCAUGAAGCCCUCACCUCCAUUGGCUCCACCUUAUGAGGAUCCCCUUCCACCAACAGUACCAAGUUUCCCAAAACCACCACCUCUGCCUAGUUUCAAUAAUCCGUCUCCUGUAUUGCCUCCUACUCACAUGAAUCCCCUGCCGCCACCUGUUACAAGUUUCCCAAAACCACCGCCUCUGCUUCAUCCAGUCUCGCCAAUUGAUAAAAAACCACUUCCUCCAAAUCCUAUCGCACCAACUCCCACAUAUCAAAAGCCCAAUCCACCCCUGACAAACACCCCAAAGCCUGUUUCCCCAAAACAGGCUCCUCCCCUGGUUCCAUCCCCCAAGAUAUCAUCUCCUGUAAAGCCGGCACCAUCACCAGCAUCCAAACUUGGGCCUUCUACUCCCCCAAUAACUGCACCAAAGGGGUCUUCCUCUCCAAUUCCACGAGCUCCCCCUAUUCCGAAACUUCCCCCCAUCCCAAAAAUUCCCAGGAGGUAUUUCAAUUCGCCAGGCAAACCUGGAAAUCAACCUCCGAAUCCUCCUUCACGGGCUGAUCACUCUUAA